GCGAAAUAAAGGUCACUCACCUGCGGUGUGCAUGGGUUAUAAGAAAGCUAGGGACAGGAAGCAGCACUCACUGCAAAAAUGAGCAAUUGCCAGAUGCAACGCUAAUAUCUCAAAGCAAUGGCGACUUUGGUGAAGUGUUGCCAACAUUUACCCCCUCUUCUCUCUCCUAAUUCUGCAUUUUUCUUGCCCUCAAUUGGUUGCCGGCCAUGGCGGCUUACCAGAACCCAAUAUGCAAAGAAACCCAUCAUGGGUUUCUGCAAAAACCUCUCAACUGAUGCUGAGAAGGUUCGCUGUGGUGAUGGUGAGAUACCCAAUAUUGGGUUCCAUUUGUUCAAUACCAUGAGCAAGCAAAAAGAGGCUUUCAGUCCCAAGACCCCUGGAAAAGUGGGCAUGUAUGUUUGUGGAGUCACUGCUUAUGAUUUUAGUCACAUUGGCCAUGCUCGUGUCUAUGUGAGCUUUGAUGUCCUUUACAGAUAUUUGCAACAUCUGAAAUAUGAAGUCAAUUAUGUGCGUAAUUUCACAGAUGUUGAUGACAAGAUAAUAACCAGAGCAAAUGAGUUGAGGGAGGACCCUUUAAGUUUAAGCAAACGAUUCUGUGAGGAAUUCCAUGUUGAUAUGGCUCAUCUUCAAUGCCUUCCGCCUACUGUUGAGCCCCGUGUAUCUGAUCACAUGAGCCAGAUUAUUGACAUGAUUAAGCAGAUUCUUGAUAAUGGUUGUGCAUAUACGGUUGAUGGAGAUGUAUACUUCUGUAUAGACAAGUUCCCCAAUUAUGGUCGCUUAUCUGGACGGAAAGUGGAAGAUAAUCGGGCUGGUGAGCGUGUUGCUGUGGAUUCAAGGAAAGCAAACCCUGCUGACUUUGCAUUGUGGAAGUCUGCAAAGCCUGGGGAGCCGUACUGGGAGAGCCCUUGGGGACCUGGAAGACCAGGGUGGCAUAUUGAGUGCAGUGCAAUGAGUGCUGCUUAUCUAGGCCACUCUUUUGAUAUCCAUGGAGGAGGGAUGGACCUUGUUUUCCCCCAUCAUGAGAACGAGAUUGCCCAGAGUUGUGCAGCUUGUACAGAGAGUAACAUAGGCUACUGGAUUCAUAAUGGGUUUGUUACCGUAGACUCUGAGAAAAUGUCCAAGUCCCUGGGGAAUUUUUUCACGAUUAGGGAGGUUAUUGACUGGUAUCAUCCCUUGGCUUUGAGGCUUUUCUUGAUGGGCACUCAUUAUAGGUCUCCCAUCAAUUACUCAACUGCGCAGCUUGAAAGUUCAUCUGACCGUCUCUUUUACAUCUAUCAGACUCUUUGUGACUGUCAAGAUAUCUUAUCUCAAAUCAGUGAUGGCAAUCUCAAGGAGCGUGUCCCACUUGAUGUUGAGAACUGUAUAGAGCAAUUCCUUAGCGCUUUUAAUACCUCCAUGUCUGACGACCUCCAUACUUCUGUAGUUUUGGCUGCACUCUCGGAGCCUUUGAAAACUAUAAAUGACCUCUUGUACACGCGCAAAGUAUGGGUAAAAAGAAAGCCAUCUCGAUUCGUGUCUCUUGUGGCAUUGGAGAAGGAAGUCAGGGGUGUUCUGGCUGUUCUUGGGUUGGUGCCACUAUCAAGUUACUCCAAGGUAUUGAUGGAGCUUAGGGAGAAGGCACUGAAGAGGGCAGGGUUGAGUGAAGAUCGGGUGUUGGAGAAGAUAGAGGAAAGGAGUUUAGCAAGGAAGAACAUGGAGUACGAGAGGUCAGAUGCAAUUAGGAAAGAACUCGCGGUUUUGGGGAUCACUUUGAUGGACGGUCCAGAUGGAACCUCGUGGAGACCUGCGGUACCCCUCGAACUCCGCGAACUUUUCCAGUGACCAGAGGUUUAUUUAUUCCAUUUGUGAUAUUUAAUUUUUGUUAUUUUUAAUAUUUAGAAAAUGUGUGCGAUCGAUAUCUAGAGAGUGAUCGGCCGCAUUUUUGUCAUUUCUCUAAGUCUCAUUUUUAGGUCUCUAGAUAAUGUUUUAUUUAUUUAUCAGUACACCAGUGAACAUAUUGCAGGUCUGGUAAAUUGAGAAAAACAAUCUCUCUUAUGCUGCAAUAGCACCAUGCCGUGGAUUUGGCAA